GGGGCCGGAGUUGGGGGGAUGUCCUUGGCCUUCCCUGUGGGCCGGAGGCAAAUCCCCUCCCUGUCCUUCUUGCUUCCUGCCCCAGGCCCCGAGCUGAGGACGGAGAGCCCGGAGGACAAAUCCCCCCGGCAGAGCCUGGUGGGAGAGGCCGUUUUGAAGGGCUCCAUGGCACAGGAAGGCAGCGGGGAGGAAAAGGGCCGGAGAUCCCCCCGCAGGAGGGGCUCCAAAGCCAGCCCAGGGUGCUCUGAGGAGGAAAGAGCCAGCCUGUGCCGGGAAGGCAGCCAGAGCUUGAGCCAGAGCUCUGAGCUGGUGGUCCCUGAGCAGCCUCCCAGCAGGGAGAAACCCUUCAGGUGCCUGGAAUGUGGGAAGAGGUUCAGGAAGAGCUCGAGCCUCUUCACUCACCAGCACAUCCACACUGGGGCACGACCCUACUCAUGUGGGGAAUGUGGGAAGAGCUUCAACUGCAACCCCAACCUGAUCCAACAUCAGCGCAUCCACACUGGGGCACGGCCCUACACGUGUGGGGAAUGUGGGAAGAGAUUCAGGCAGAGCUCCUCCCUCGUGAAGCACCAGCACAUCCACACUGGGCAGAAGCCCUACAAGUGUGGGGAAUGUGGGCAGAGCUUUAGGCAGAGCUUUGAAAUGAUCCUACACCAGUGCAUCCACACUGGGGAACGGCCGUACAUGUGUGGGGAAUGUGGGAAGAGCUUCAGGGACAGCUCCACCCUCCUCACCCACCAGCGCAUCCACACUGGGGAACGACCCUACACAUGUAGAGAAUGUGGGAAGAGCUUCAACUGCAGCUCCAACCUACGCAGGCACUGUCGUAUCCACACUGGAGAACGGCCCUACGUGUGUCAGGAAUGUGGGAAGAGCUUCAGUGACAUCUCCACCCUCGUCAAGCACCAGCGCAUCCACACCGGGGAGCAGCCCUACACAUGUGGGGAGUGUGGGAAGAGCUUCAGUACGAGCUCCAGCCUCCUCACCCACCGGCGCAUCCACACCGGAGAACGGCCCUACAAGUGCUUGGAAUGUGGGAAGAGAUUUCAGACCAGCUCAAAUCUCCUCCUGCACCAGCGGACGCACAGGGAUGAGAGGCCCUUCCGCUGCACCCACUGCGGGAAGGGCUUCAAGCAGAGCUCUGACCUCAACACCCACCGGCGCAUCCACACCGGGGAGCGGCCCUACAAGUGCUUGGAAUGUGGGAAGAGGUUUCACACCAGCCCACAUCUCCUCCUGCACCAUCGGACGCACACGGAUGAGAGGCCCUUCCGCUGCACCGACUGUGGGAAGGGCUUCAAGCAGAGCUCCGCCCUUGUCACCCACCGGCGCAUUCACACCGGGGAGAGGCCCUACAAGUGUGGGGAGUGUGGGAAGAGCUUUGCCCAGGGCUCUGCCUUAACCUCACACCAACAGACCCACCGUUAAAAGAAGCGCUACGAGUGGCCCGACCCCCAUUGGAUGAUCCAUAGGAACUCAUUUUGGGCACAGACCUGGUGACCCUUGUUCCAGGUGAUCCAUGCUGGGCACACACCUGAUGACCCCUGUGUCCAGCCCUUGUCCCGACCCCCCUGACAGCGAGAGUGACCCAGGGUCUUGUAACUGAUCCCUUGGGGAAGAUUACAGUUAGUUUAUCUAUCUAUUUCUCUAUCUAUCUAUCUAUAUAUGUAGGGUUCAGUUUAGAUCAGUUUUGUUUCCCUGUAGAGUAGGUUCGGGGCAGUUUUGGCUCCUGUCUAUAGUGAUCUA